UUCUAUUAACAAAAUGAACUCUUGCAGAGGCAUUUCAUAAGAAUUCAGUUUAAAAGAGGAAACUCUCGUUGUAUUUAAAUCCUACUUAGCAAUAACUUCAGGAGGAAUGGAUAAAAAAGUGGCUCAAUCAUUGAAUAAUGUUUUUGCCACAAACAUUCAUCAAUCAUAGUAAAAUGCAGAAAAAUUAGUCUAUAAUGAUUUUGAUGUGGCUUUUGCUGUAGGAGUUGUCUUCAAGCUUCUUGUGGGAUAAAAAAUUGAAUUUCUUGAUUAUUUUUGUAAAUGACAUUAUCAUUAUUUAUAGGUUAGUUUUAUAGUUAAGUAAAUGAUAAAUAGAAAUACGCUUUAGACCUACUCAAAUAUACUGUUUACUAACUUGAUAAAAGUGACCCAAUGUUCUAUUUAAACACUUUAUUAGCAAAUAAAAAUAUUCCUAAUUAAUAAUUAUAACCAGGAAUUAGUUUAUCUAAAAUUUAUACAUUUGUUCAUUUGUGUGAAUUGGCCUCAUUUUUUAAACCCUUUUAAAAGCAUCCAAAUUAAAUUUUAAAUUCAUAAUUCUCUAUGUUCCCUUAUGUAUUUUGGUAAAGAUAUGAUUAAGUUAAUCUCAAUGAAGUAAGACCUGAAAUAGACUUAUACUUUUAUUAGCCUUCUUCAACAUUGUAUUAUUUUAUUAUUAUUUUAGUCCAAUUCUUGUGUUAUAAUAAUAUGAUGACCCCCAACUUUCAUAUCAGAUAUUUAAAGAACAUUAAAUUUUUAUGUCACACAUUUCAACAUAAUUGAUUUUAGAUGCUGUCAGUCGUCAAUUGUCUCAAACUUCAGAAAAUCUAAAAAAUCAACCUUACAAAGUUGCAAAUUUGAGAGAAUUAGGAUUAAUUUUAUUUGCUGGACAACCAUAAUUAGAGGAUAAAUUACUUAAAUUUGAGAAGAUACCAAAAAUGUAAUCAAUUAGAGAUUAUAUGUAGUGGUGAAACUCUUAGUUUUUUAAUUAAUCCUAAAGCUUCUUUAGAAAUUGUAAAGAAAGAAUUGACUAAAGAUUAAGAAUAAGAGAUUGUAAAAGAAUAGGCAUAGUUAAAUUAGAAUUAGGGUUAAGUCUUUGAUAUUUUUGCAACAUAAAUUCCAAAUUAACAAAAAUAAGUUAAUGAGUUGAGAAAGACCAUUUCAUAUUGA